AUGCACUACCUUUAUACCUUGAGGCCCAAGUUGGCCCUCACUUGCAGCCGCUCCUCAGCCAUUCCCUUGACCUCGCUCGCUCUCGCUUCCAAUUCAUCCUACGUACGGCUUUUGUCUACGGAACAGACAUCCAACCAGCUAAGCUCUAAUUCCGGCCCUCCGCCUGGUUUCAACAUCAGCGAUCAUAGAAACACACCACUGCCCUCAAGUUCGUCUCAAUCGUCUACAUCUGCGCCCCCUGAUUUAGAUAAGUCUAGCGGGUCAUCUACGCCACGUACCGAGUUUGAUUGGGAGGAUAAUCCUAAUUUCUUAAUCAAGAACUUUUCUGAGCUCCCUUCCAAAAAUUUUGGAGUCAACCAGCAUAUGAUUAUCAAUGAAGAGUUCAAAGAGGCUCUAAGACAGAUUCUUUGGCAGUUCAAAGCACCAAUUCGAUAUGCCUUUGCUUACGGGUCUGGCGUUUUCCCACAAAGCGGGGCGUCAGGGGGGAGUUGUCAUCCGUCGCCUCCGCAAGCAAUCCAAGCAGUGCAGCAAGGCGGCGGGAAGAUGAUCGAUUUUAUCUUUGGAGUCUCACACAGCCAGCACUGGCAUUCUCUAAACUUGAAUCAACACCGCCAUCAUUAUUCUGGCCUGGGCUCUAUGGGAUCAUAUGUUGUCUCCCAGGUACAAGAGAAGAUGGGGGCCGGAGUCUACUUCAACCCAUACAUAACCGUGAAUGGAACUUUGAUUAAAUAUGGGGUUGUCAAUAUCGAUACCCUUUGCAAAGACUUGAGCCAAUGGGACUCACUAUACCUUGCCGGACGACUCCAUAAACCAGUCAAGAUUCUGCGGGACCAUCCAAGCGUGCGUCUGGCCAACCAGGUCAACCUACUAUCCGCUGUGCGCGUUGCGCUUCUGCUACUACCACCAAAAUUCACUGAACAAGACCUAUACCGAAAGAUUGCUGGUAUAAGCUAUCAAGGCGAUCCGCGCAUGUCCUUUGGCUCCGAGGACCCUAAGAAAAUCCAUAAUAUUGUCUCUGCCCAGAUCACAAAUUUCCGUCGGUUAUAUGCACCAUUAAUCGAAAAUUUACCCAACGUAUCCUUUAAUGACUUCCACUGCAAUGAUCCCGACUGGCUUGACAACCCGGACAUAAACGUUGCUCUAGAUCAAGACAUGGAUCCUAUCAAACGAGGUAACAUGGUUCGACGAUUACCUAAAUCAUUCCGUGAAAAGCUCUACUUCCAGUAUCAAAGUCGAUUUAAGAUCCCGCGAGGGGAGUUUGAGAUUAUGAUGGAGAAGACUGCCGACGAAGACCCUGAGCGCUUCCACCGCCGAGAAGGAAGUGACUUUGAUCGAAGAAUCGCUGCUGAGGGUAAUUUGAAGGACGAAGUAACGCUAUCUAUAAAGAACACCAUAUCUUGGCCCAGCACCAGCCAGUCGAUGAAGGGUGUUCUUACAGCCGGAAUCUCCAAGUCAAUGCGCUACCUUCAGGAGAAGCGCCAGAAGUACAAGGCAUCUAGGCGAUCGAGUUCCGAGUCAUCGGAAACCAGUUCUGAAAACAAGAGCAAGAGUGAUUGA